ACCCUCGCUUCGCGCUGUCAAAGUGGGCAUCGAAACACCGUCAGGCCCGCGAAGUAGCCUUGGGGUUGGACGGUGUCUUCCAAGUCAUAUGGACGACACGCGUUUGAGGCAGUCUCUCAUGUACAGGGAAUAAGCUAGACGGGAACCUGCAGCCUUCUUUAAUGCUUCGAUCCAGCCGCUCCCGCCUGGCGCGAUGGCCCGGUUUGCUUCCCGUUUUGCAUUGCGUUGUACGAAUACUGUUUCUCGAUUAUUCCACCUGGUCUUCAUCCAAGUCUCUUCAUUAAUCCGGGCUGCGUUCAAAAAGCCAAGCACUCCGAGUGCCUAUUUCCCGACCGUCCUCCUCAGUCCCACCUGCGUUCAUCGCCCAGGGUUCUGCGUGAUCGAUCACCGGGAUCACCGGGAUCACCGACAUAAAAGGACCAUCCCCGGCUCGUGCUCGACAGAUUUGCGUUGGCAACCGGAAAUCCAAAUAGGUCCCAACAGGCAGUUGGACACCAUGGCGGCGUCGGUCUGUCGCAUGGCACAUUCGAUAGCAAAUCGUACACAUCGAUGUCGAAAGCUGAAACAGGAAGCUAUGCCAGAAGGGUCGCAUUGGUACGAACGCAUUACAAACAACCACCGACCCGACGGCCAUCCGACAAUAAAAGUACAUGACAGGGCAUGACAGGACCUCAAAGGACCAAAGAGGAGAUAUGUAUCCGUAGUACUGAACCCAUAACCUCCCUCCAUCCGUCUUUGUUCCCGCUUUGUUUGCCGCCGAGCCUCGACAUCGCCUCAGUCCCUUUGUACGUGUGUUCUCACGUCACCGUUGCUGUUGCAUCAGGUUU